AGUCUGAACUGUUCAGACUUGCUUAGGAAAUCUCCUGUUUGUCUCUUUGGGGAGGGGGGGUGAAAGAAGAAGAAGGAGAAAAAAGUUUUUGGAGGUCGGGGAAAAAAGUCUCUAUAGCUCAUCUUCAGCUGAUUGUGAGAAGCUGCUUCAAAGAAGGCUUAGGUAGGCAAAGGAAAUCCUUGGAAGAAGAGGUGGGGUGGGAAGAGAAUCUGUCCCACCCCACUAUAGAACUAUCUUCCCCUCCGUUUUGCACCAUGAUGAAAGUAUUGCUCCUAUGGCUGCCUCUUCUUCACCGGGUGGAUUCUCUGAUGUACCUGGCCAUCAUAGCCCCCCAAGACCCCACCCUCCUCAUUGGCUCUUCGCUCACGGCCAACUGUUCGGUCGCUGCCGACUCGAGCCUGAGGGCCGAGGACCUUUACUGGACCCUGAACGGCCGGCGCCUCCCGCUGGAGGCCUACAAGGUCCUCAGUGCCACCACUCUGAGCCUCACCCUCUCUAAGCUGAACGGAUCGCAGCAGCAGUCGGGAGACAACCUGGUCUGCCACAGCAAGGAAGGCGGCAUUCUGGCUGGGUCAUGCCUCUACGUAGGAUUGCCCCCAGAGAAACCCACCAACAUCUCGUGCUGGUCCAAAAAUCUGAAGGAUCUCACCUGCAGGUGGACACCUGGAACAGAAGGCGAGACCUACCUGCACACGAAUUACACCCUCAAGUACAAACUGAGGUGGUACGGACGCGACAACAUCUGCCGUGAAUAUCAUACCGCUGGACCGUACACUUGUCACAUAUCCAAAGAUCUGGCCCUCUUCACACCCUAUGAGAUUUGGGUGGAGGCCACCAACCGCCUGGGCGUGGCCACAUCAGACGUGAUCAUGCUGGACAUUGUAGAUGUCGUCACAACUGACCCACCACUGGAUGUUCAUGUAAACCGUGUGGGCGACCUGGAGGACCAGCUGAGCGUCCGGUGGAGCGCCCCUCCUGCCCUCAAAGACUUCCUCUUCCAAGCCAAAUAUCAGAUCCAGUACAGAGUUGAGGACAGCUCCGAGUGGAAGGUUGUGGACAACGUGGGCAACCAGACGUCGUGCCGGCUGGCGGGGCUCAGGCCGGGCACUGUCUAUUUUGUCCAAGUGCGCUGCAAUCCAUUCGGCAUCUACGGAUCCAAGAAGGCUGGCAUCUGGAGCACCUGGAGCAACCCCACAGCAGCCUCCACGCCGCGGAACGGCCGAACCCCCGGUGUGUGUGAGCCCAAAAGUGGAGAACACAACAACACGCUGCGCCGGGAGCUCAAACAGUUCUUUGGAUGGAUGCGCAAACAUGGCAGCUCAUACGGCUGUGCCAACCUGAGCAUCAAAAUGUAUGACCAGUGGCGUGUCUCGUUGCAGAAGUCACACAAAACGCGGAACCAGGUAGGUCCUCUCCGGCGAUAAAUCGUAGCGAGGUUUGAAGGUGGAACAAGGAGUUCCCUGAAAGGUAACAUGGCCGGCGGCGGCUGGUUCUCCUGGACAAUGAGCUGAGGAGGUGAGCAGAGCAGCUACAGGAUGGCAGUGAAACCACAUGGCGCUAUCAAGGCCAGCAUCUGCAAACUGGCGAAAGCUUGGGCUACGAUCCGUCAUCGUUCAUGUCUAUCCUGCUGUCAAGUAUCUCCGCAUUUCCCUUUUGAGAUCCAUGGAUCUGGGUUUUUCCAACAACUUGGUCUGCCGUCUUUGUGUAUGCCACAAGAGGUUUUAAGUCCUACUGGGGCACAUAUUCCUCCCUCCCCUCCAUCAAAAUGGCGGUCAAUGCACCAUUACAAAGCAGAAACAAGAUCUUUAUCCAAUUGAGAUUAAAAAUUCAAGCCCAGAAGGGUCAAAUUUGGUCUUGAGGCUUCACCAUGAUCUUACAUGUUCUUUUCAAAAUAAAUUCUCAGUUUGUA